AUGCCACCAAAGCUGCCCGGUCUAUAUUUCGAUGAAGUGAAAGGUCGCUAUUUCCCUCUGAAAGCUAGUGUCGGUUCUGAGUAUGGUGAGCGUGAGCAGAAGAAGAGGAAGAUCAGACUGCAGAGAGAAGAACAUGCCAGGCAGCUGAAAGACCAGCGGUGUCGUAACUAUGAAAAGUACGCUUCUAGGCUGGUCGGUUCUGUUGACAAGCUUUUUGGUGGCUCUGAUGGCUUCAGGUUUGCCAACGCACUGGAGAUUGAGGCUACUUCAGUUGAUAGUUGCGUCAAAAGCAACCUAGAACGUGAAAUUUACGACCUUGGUAUUCGAUUACACAAUAUGAAUGGCCCUGUGGUUUGCGAGCAAGUACGUCCAGACCGUCUGUUACUGGCGACUUCGACAACCGAGGGUGCUAUCAUAGGCGUUGAACAGCUCUUCAAUGGUAACGGAGUGGUGAUAAGCAACUACCUAAGUGGAAACUCUGAAAUUUCGUGCUAUGCAUCGAACAACAUCAUCAGGUUCACCGGCAAUAGCUUCGGGGAAUUGGGUUUGUAUUGCCACAUGGCACAGGCAGUAACAACUCUUCACACAUUCACACGAGUGAGAAGGCGUGGCGAAAUAAUCGUGGAUACUCUACAUCGAGAACUAGGAAGUUACGGAAAUGUAUACGACUCCGUCAACCUGGGAAGAACAUUCAUCGUGGCGGCCGGGUCCUCGUUGCAGGUUUGCAGCUGGAACGAUAAAUCUAAUGAUGGAUGCAGGAAGUUCAGGUCUUUUCCGAAUAAAUCUGAUAUUCUGUGCCUUGCAGUCAAGAGCGGGGAUCCAGGUGUGCUUUAUGCUGGCACUCGAAACGGUUGGAUAUAUGUCGUGCCUGUCGAACGUAAUGGUACACUAUCUCAAACAGCCAUCAAGAGGUUUAAAGUGCAAGGAGCCCGUUCCAUUAUAUCCAUCAAAACUACUGACACCCAAGGCCUCAUAUUUGUUUCUGCUAUAUCAAACGACACGCACCAAGCUCUCUUGUUGUUGGAUACAAUGCUAGAGCCUGAAGAAUGCACUUUGGCUACUUUCCGGACCUCUUUUUCAAAUGUGACUAGAGAUCAGGAGUUUUUCGAAGUGACGCACGAUGGGCGGUUUCUCUUAUAUGGUUCAGCUACAGGUGGUAACGGUUCAGGUGAUUUUGAAGUCUUUUCUUCUCAUUUAGGUGAUAACCUUGCCCAUGAACGGAAUGGCCGAGCUUUUACUUUCUUUCCAUUGAACUCAUUGAGAGAUGGAUACUUGAAGUAUCCAGAGUUUUGUGCACUUCGAGACUUGCAAUUGCGGAGUGCAAUCUUCAUCAACUGUAAGCGAAAUCCUGGUGCUCUCAAAUAUGAGAGUGAGAUGGAUGAGACUUACAGCAUUACCUGCCCAGAAGAUUGGCGUGUAUCGGCAUUUUUGAGGUCUGAAUCGAAUGGAGAGUAUUAUGCAAGAGUUACUAUGCUUCUCAAAAGAAUUGUUUGA